AUGAUGUGUACCGAUGUCAUGUUUUCCAUUCACGACUGGACGCCAUGUCACUCCAGCAUGAUGACCUUGGCUGCUAAGUACGCCAUACAGUUGAGGACCCGCUCGUCUGAUGUUGUGGAGAGGCUAGAAGAACUAAGACAGUGGGUGCUACAGAAGGACCUCCAGACACACUGCACAGCAGUUCCUAUCUCGCCUGUUUCUUGUUCGUCUGAGACCCCUAGUCCUGGUUGUCAAACCUUUCCCUCUCAUCACAUCCCUUUCCAAGCCAGUAUCCCCCCAGCUCUUCCCAACUGUCCCCCUCCCUCUACUAGUCAUUUAGAUGGUGACAGAUUUGUAAAACUUCAGACUUUCAAUUCCAGACAAGAUGCCAGUCUCUACCAAGGAAACUACAUGACCAUCGGUUCAGGUUUUUGUUGUAUACCCCUAACAACCAGUAGAGAUGAGGGAGAGAAAAUGAAGAAGACGUCGUCUCUGGGAAGAUUUUUCAGAAACAUGGGCAUAAGACGAUCAGGGAAGAAAACUCAGUACAAACCUCAUGAUGGUGAUUUAUGUGCUACAGAUAUCACCAUGAGUGAUGAAGACAGAAAAGCGUUGAUGAUGAUGGUCAAGGAUGGUGCAUUGACAACUGAGCAAGCCAUGGGCAUGGUAAAACAGUACGAGGAGGAAAGGCGCCGGGAAUGGCUGCAGCAACAGGGAAACCAUAAAGGGGCUCAAAAGAAGAAGAAGCAAGGAGGCAAACCCACCAAGUCGCCCUCGGCAACUUACCAUGACAUUGCCACUAGAUGUCAGGUCUGCCAACGUUUCCUGUCUAAUGACCCAACCAAAUCGUCACCCAACUUCUGCAACGAUCCUAGUCACCGCUUCGAAUGUUACCAACACCGUCGGGUCCACAGCGUCAGCCAUAUUGAAUUCAACCCCUCUCCCAAAUCACCGGAGGCAGCUCGUGCCAUGUCCUGUACCCCAACCAGGGGUUUCUACAACUCCUCAGAAGUUCAUUCGCCCGUAACAUUUUACUCGCCCGGUCACCCAAGACUCUAUUCACCUGUCUUUCCUCAUGAGAGCAAAAUUUACCAUCCAGGCAGCCUGUGUUGCGGCCAGCAUGGAAACUACUACGCUGGUAACAGUCAGCAUAGCUCUUUCCAUGAAUCUCCCUCUGCCAUGUCCAGUUUCUCGAUGGAGUCCGAACAUUCUAUGGAGUGUCAGGCACAUGUCCUGACCCCUGGUGAGGUGGCAGCCACAAGGGGAGAUAAUUGGAACUAUAGCACUUACUCUAGUGCCAUGUCAACAGGAUCAGACACCUCUCCAGCCAUUGGUUGGAGGAAAAACUCGGAAGGAGGGGAUCCUAUGAAAAUACAAAAGGUGCGUAAUCAGUCGGGGACCAGUAAAUCCGUUAGUUCUGUCGACAGCUCACAGAGUGGGGGAUCAGGAAAUAUGUCCACACACAGUGCUAGUCCAGGAAGUGGCAAAAGUAGCUCUUCAAUGGAGGCAGAGGGCACAAGUGGUAACCAUGACAACACAUCUUCCUCACUAGUAAGGGUCCAUACAGAAUACACACCAUCCAAGACAGAAGUGGACAUGCUGCAUAUCAAGAAAGGGGACAUUAUAUGGGUGGCCACAAAAACAGCAGGGGGACUUUGGAAAGGUGUGCUGAGUGGAAAAACAGGGUGGUUCAGGCACACCUUCACAGAACCAUGUAGUCAUGGUAACAGUGAUGCCAGUCAAAGGAGAACACCAAAUCCACGAAGAACUCCAAGGAAGACUAAACCUAGAACUGUGGAAGAGCUUUUGUAUAGGCUAGGCCUAGAGGUUCUGGAAAAAGUCUUUCUGGAAAAUGGUUUUGAGCACCUGGAAAGUUUUGCAGACUUGAAUGAAAGUGAUCUAGAUGCCCUUGGGAUCAGAGACCCCCAGCAGAGAGCCAAGCUCUUAACAGCUGCUGAACUACUAUGUAGUGCAGAAGAUGAUGAAUUUCCAGAGAUGGCUAACCCUAGCAGUCUCCCUAACCAUGCCUCAUACUGCUACUCUCCACGGCUAAUGACAAUCAGUGACUGUCACCACCGCACAUGCCCAGGAAGUAGGGACUCCGGUUGCUAUGGCAGCUGGGAGCAUCUGGGUCACAAGGAGGUUUUCAACAAGCAAGGUUACAUGAUAUCAAAGAACCACAACAGUCGUGUGUCACCUCUACAAUAUAACAAAGAGAACCUGCAGCCAGUGAACCAGAGCAGGGCAGUCGGGGAGAUUCGGUACGUUUGCAAUCGUCAAGCCAACAGCAGUGGGAGAGGGAGUGCUAGCAGUGGACGGACCAGUGUGGAGAACUGUGGAGGUGAAAGUCAGACGUCCGACAUGGAACGGAGUGACAAAGACUUCACUGAGGAGGACAGGGAGGUGUGCGAGAUCACUCGUGGGGUCCGAAGUGAAGUCUCGUGUGCUCACCCUGGGGAUCACGUGACCCCUCAGGCGGUAGAGAACUCUGUGUUCAGUGACUUCUCUGUUGUCAUGUGUUCAAAUGCUGGUACACAAACUUCUUACUGUGAUGCUGAAACAAGAUGCUCUCAGGUUGCCAAUCAAGUAAAUGGUCAUUCUCGUGGUGCUACUGAAUGUGAAAGAUCAAAACCAUUUCCAAGCAAGGUUGUGACAAAAUCUAAAAACUCUAAACAGGAUGCACAAGUCCAGGUAAUGUGCCCUUUUGGGCCCCUGUCUGUGUGUCAUGAGGGAGGUCAAACUCCAACAAGACAAGAAUGUGUUCAGAGACAAAGGGGCUCCAAUGGGGGUUCUUCAGACUCUACUCCCACAGGGGAACUCCACGGGAGAGCAUCAUCUUCCCAAGGUGCCAUAACAAACCAAGGGGGACAAGUGCAAUAUACCGAAAAGCAAGUGCCAAAUAAUACAUGUAGAUCGCAUUCUGUAGACAAUUCUAGACCGGUGUCAUCACCCAAAGACUUCAGAAAUGUUCAGAAAUCAUUAGUGUCAUUAGUCAAAGCAAAGCUAGCUGAUGAGAAUAUCAACCUCACCCAGGAACCAUAUUCCACAAAGCAAGGAGACUGCAGGAUUCCUCCCCUCUUGAUUCAGAGGUACUCCGAGGAACUGAAGCACGAUUUGAACAGUGUGUGCACUGUGCUUGAACAAGUGCGAGUGCAUUCACUAACCACCCAACGUAGACCUGUGAUACAAAUGGAGAACCUUGCUGAUAAAUGUUCCUCUGGUUCUGAGCUCAAAACCUCCUCCAUUCCUGAUUUCUUUACCUCCAUAGGCCUUCCCAUGUAUACAAGUGCUGUGAUUGGUCAAAACUACAGACUUCUGGAGCAGCUUUUCAAAUUAACCAAUCAAGAAAUCCGUGACAUCACAGGUGCAUCUCACAAACAUACUAAGAGAAUAGCACAUGCACUAACAUGGGUGAAAAAGAAGAUGGCUGCACAAGUUAGCAAUGACGAAACUGGUUUAAUAGAUAGGGUUUAAUUGUUAUAUAAACAAAAAUAAUUAACUCUCAACAAUAUGUUUGUGCAAUUUUAAUAUCUUUGUUUAACUGUUAUUUUCUGUUCAGUAUUUAAUGUGGUGUAAUUUACAGAUAUUCUUACAUAUGUAUUACAUUUCUUUUGUUCAGCUGGUGGAAAAGUUCGAAUUUUGUUACAUGGAUGAACUUCCUGGUAUUUCACAAAAAAGGGCACUAAAUAUUUGGACCUUUUUUUUUGGAUCCAAAUUUAAAUAUUCAACUGCGUGCAGGAGUUUUUAUUUUAUCAAGUUUUUACUUGUAAAUAGCAAGUUCGUUUCUUACCCUGAAUUUGAUAUUCAUAUACGUUUAUAGGCUCUAAAGAAGCAUGGUAAAGAUGUAUGGAAGCUCGAUACGAUAGCAGUUUUUGUUCUAGGCUAGUUUAUACUUUGACUGUCGUUAAGCCUGAUAGGGAAGUGAUGAAAUGUACAUUUUAGUUUUAAUUUAUCAAGGUGGUAUGCCAGAGAUGUUUGUUGUUUAUAUCAAUUAUUGUUUCUGUUACACAUUCUAUGACCAUUAAUAAAAUCAAGAUGGGGAUAUAAAA